AGCGGCGGGAGGAAGCGCCGCUUGCCGCGCUCCGCUCAUCUUGGCCGGAAAGGAGGGAGGGAGACGGCACCGGAGGUGGCUCCCCUCGGCUCCCCUCGGCUCCCCUCGGCUCCCUUCGGCUCCCCUCGCCCACUGGAGCCACAGGCUGUCCGGGAAUUACUACUGUUUGUGUAAGGACAUUGGUGUGAAGACAUCAUAGUGGUAGUUCAUCUUGAUCACCAGAACAAACUCCACAAGAGAUGGAAGACACUGAGCCGUGGUAUUCUCAGCAAGUGUACGCAAGAUACUGGAAGCACUAUGACUUAGCCAUGCGCUGGAUGCGUAGACACCAGAAAGCCUACAGGAAAGCCAUGGAAUCCUUUUAUCACCUACCGUGGCAUCCUUCUGCAGCCUCACCAAGUAGCCGCUACUCAGAUUGGGAUGGGAAUGAUCUCCCACGUACCCCAAACUAUUCUUCCAGCUAUAGCUCCCUUGGCAGAGCUCCAUACCAUGGGGGAGCUCAGCAGUACACAGAUGCACACCAAGGGAGGGAGGAUGAUGACAGGGACGCCAAAAUGGAGGAGGACUCUGAGUCUGAAGGGGAGAUAGAAUAUGACUUGAGUAACAUGGAGAUCACAGAGGAGCUUCGCCAGUUUUUUGCACAGACAGAGAGGCACCGGGAAGAACUGCGGAGACAGCAGCAGCUGGAAGCUGAGCACCAGUACGUGGAGGCUGAUCAAGACCUUCACAAAAGGAUGGGGCGUUCUGUGCAGCCACCUGCAGAAAGACCUGGAGAGAGGCGAAUGGCAGAAAUGAAGAAACUGUAUGGUGCUGAAGCUGCCAAAAUCCAGGCAAUGGAGGCUGCCAUGCAGCUUAUCUUUGAUAGAAACUGUGAUAAAAAGCAGCCCAAAUACUGGCCCAUUAUUCCCCUCAAGCUGUGAGUACCUGGACUGUGCUCUGCCAUGGCACAGGGCUGUAGGGGCAGCUGCCUCAGGUUGUGCUGCUGAAAGAACUGCAAAGUUUUGGUUUUGGUUGGGCUUUGGGGCAGAGGCUGGCAAGGGCAGCAUGUUUCUUUGCCCUGUGUUCCUUUUACAUUGUCUGUCAGCAAUGGUCACGGUCCAUUCUACCUACAUAGAGUUGUCAAGUAGUAAUAGGAGGGACAGUAACAUCAAACCUGUCUAAAGUCAUAGUUUCACUCAUUUGAUACCCGCCUGCCUUGCUUGCAAGGAACAUAAGCGUCUAUACUCAGUGAACUGGGAAAACUUAAAGUGAUGUGAAAAAGAAAAAGACUAUACAAAUUGUCUGUUCUUCCCAUUUAGGAAAUUGAAUGAUCCCAUUUUUUAGUCUUGUUUAACGUAGCAGCAUUUGGAUCCUGUUUAACACAGCACAGCUUGAAGUGUUAUGUCUGCUAAUCUUGGAUUUUUUUUGAGAACCGGGAGCCCACUGGCCAAGAUACAACAUAUCAAAUUACCAUAGCCCAGCCAUUUGAAUUCUUUUUCAGAGGUUUAUAAUAAAGCAGGAAGUUUUUCUUCCAGACUGAUACUUGUCUGGCACAAGUUUGACUCUGAAGCAACAUUACAUAGAAAAAUGUUUUAAUGAAGGGGGAAGCGGGGUAGUCGGCGAGAAGCCUGAUGUGGCCCUGUCUGUUAGAGAUCUGUUUAGCAGAAGAGAAACUUAAGAGGACAAAGCACUCUUGGGGCCAGUGCCUACAGUGAUUUUUGCCAUUCUAAUAAAAAGCAUCUAGUUGGUUUCAAGCUUUAAAGAAGAUGUAUUAGUUUGAUAGACUAAGGGUACAUCUGUACGCUGUAUAUCGGGGUGUGGAAGCCAUGUACCCCUGAGGGCUAUGUUUAUUUUAGGUGCAGCUCUCUGAUGGCCACCUGCAUAUUACAUGCACAAAGCUUAAACAUAGGCAAGUUAGAUGUGCCUCUGUGCGUACUCACCAUCUGCACAGGCUGUUUGGCUCCACUUCUGUCACUCUUUACUUUUGGUCAGUUGUGCUUGCCCCACUGAUAGCCGACCAGGCUGAGUGAGGCACACAAAUGGUCUGUGUAAGAGAGGCAAAGUUGCCCCCUCAAUACUGGUGACUCCUUAGAAAAUGGUACCCUAAACACUUCCAAGGACUUUCUGUGAAGCACUGCUGCUACAGAUCAUUGUGUGCUGAAGGGCUGUAGUUUGUAUUAAGCAGCAUCUCCAUGCCAGUGCAAAGGAACCUUAUACUGUUUUAAUUGUGACAAACAUUCAUGUGCCUAUCUGGCAACAGAGGAAGGUCACAACUAAAAUUCUAACUUCAGUUCAUGCCCGCUGCAUCUGGUGUAUCUCUGUAGCAUGUGUAGUUUGUCAUACCCACCAGCAGUUGCUGUGCCCUCUGCAGCAGCCAGCUGCACUAAAACAAGUCUGUGGUGCAGUUUAAAGUAUCUUUGGGUUUGCUAGUAGUUACUAUGUUUUUUCAAAGCAGCUUUUUCAUUUCAGUUCCACCUCCUUCACUUUAGAUGUGAUGAGAUGGAGUUAAAUUGAACACGGAAAUUAAAAGCCCCCAGUCUCCAUGACUUAUUACUGGUGUGAUUAAUCCAAAUAACUUGUGUGAGACAGGAGAGGGAAAAGGGUUAUGAACAGUCCUGCAUUUGUCUUCACUCUUGUUUUUGGCGGGUUUUGUCAGAAAUUCAGUGUUUUGUUUGGGUUUCCAUUUGUUGACCAAAUAAAUUCUCUUCAUAACA